AUGGCCGACCUGAAUGCUGAGAGCAUUCAGCAGAAGAUCCAGAUCGCACGGCGCGAUGCGGAGGCUCUCAAGGACCGGAUAAAGCGGAAGAAGGACGAGCUCGCGGACACCACCCUCCGCGAUGUUGCCCGCCAGCGGGUUGAGCAGCUGCCCCGGCUGACGAUGAAGACCAAGCGCACUUUGAAGGGUCAUUUGGCCAAGAUCUACGCCAUGCACUGGUCGACGGACCGCAGGCACCUUGUCUCCGCGUCGCAAGAUGGCAAGCUCAUCAUCUGGGAUGCCUACACCACCAAUAAGGUUCACGCCAUCCCGCUGCGCUCGUCAUGGGUGAUGACCUGUGCCUACUCGCCAAGCGGUAAUUUCGUCGCCUGCGGUGGUCUCGACAACAUCUGCUCCAUCUACAACCUGUCCGCCCGGGAAGGUCCUACUCGUGUCGCGCGUGAGCUCUCCGGCCACUCCGGUUACCUCAGUUGCUGUCGGUUCAUCAGCGACCGUCGCAUCCUUACCUCCUCGGGAGAUAUGACUUGCGUUUUGUGGGAUCUUGAGACGGGCUCGAAAAUCCACGAGUUUGCCGACCACCUCGGCGAUGUCAUGAGUUUGUCCAUCAACCCGCUCGACAACAACCAGUUCGUGUCCGGUGCCUGCGACGCCUUCGCCAAGCUCUGGGAUAUCCGCCAGCAGAAGUGUGUCCAGACUUUCGCAGCACACGACUCGGACAUCAACGCCAUCCAGUACUUCCCCAACGGCAAUGCCUUCGGUACCGGUUCCGACGACGCAUCCUGCCGUCUGUUUGAUAUUCGUGCCGACCGCGAGCUGCAAAGCUACACGAUCGGAGAGCCCGUAUGCGGCAUCACGUCCGUUGCUUUCUCCGUCUCCGGCAGGCUGCUGUUCGCGGGCUACGACGACUUCGAGUGCAAGGUGUGGGACGUUCUUCGCGGCGAGAAGGUCGGAACCCUGCAAGGCCACGACAACCGUGUUUCUUGCUUGGGAGUUAGCAACGACGCCAUGAGUCUUUGCACGGGAUCUUGGGAUUCGAUGCUCCGCAUCUGGGCGUAA